AAGAACAGCUGCUGUGGGUGGAAGGCUUGCUGGGGAACCAGGGCAGAGAGAGACAAGGCUGACUCCCUGGGUCAUUGCCAGGGUAGGCCAGGAGAAAAGGGCAGACAGGUAAAAGAGAAAGGACUUGCCUAUGCCUGGGCCUUGGCUGGGGUUGGGACACUCUGAUGUUAGCUGGCGCUGGUAGUUUAAGCUGGUACAAGCUGUAGUUCAGGUUGUCUUGCACAUGACAUACUGACUAGUUCCUUGAUAUGCAACUUGUAAGAGCAGCUAACAGAAUGAAAAUGAACUCCAAUGACAGCAGCGAAUCAGAGAAUGAUACUGAGGAAGAGGAGGAGGAGGAAGAAGAGUUUGCAAAUGAACACAUUAAGAGACUGGGUGGAGGAAGUAAAGAUAUGCGGCAGGAUGGCACACUUCAGGAGGGAGCUUUUGAGACAGAGGACACAUGCCUAGGGCACAAGAGUAAACACAGUUCAGGUGGGAAAAGUGAUCUGGCGACGGUCUCACUGAUCGAUCUGGAAGAACAAAUGGCAGAAGAUUAUGAAGCAGAGACCACUCCAAGAAAGAAAAAGAGAAAACACAGGCUGCUGUCUAUCAACCUGACCAACUGCAAGUAUGAGAGCGUGAGGCGUGCUGCCCGACACUGUGGUCUAAAAGAAGUGGGGGAGGAUGAGGAGUGGACGGUGUACUGGACUGACUACUCGGUCUCUCUGGAGCGCGUCAUGGAAAUGAAGAGGUUUCAGAAAAUCAACCAUUUCCCGGGGAUGACAGAGAUCUGCCGGAAGGACCUGCUGGCCCGCAACCUCAACCGCAUGCUCAAACUCUUCCCCAAAGAGUACAGCAUCUUCCCCCGCACCUGGUGCCUGCCUGCUGACUAUGGGGAUUUCCAGGCCUACGGGCGCAUGAGGAAAAACAGGACGUACAUCUGCAAGCCAGACAGUGGCUGCCAGGGGAGGGGCAUCUUCAUAACCCGCAACCCAAAGGAGAUUAAACACGGGGAGCACCUGAUCUGCCAGCAGUACAUAUCCAAGCCCUUCCUUAUUGAUGGCUUCAAAUUUGACCUGCGAAUCUACGUCCUGGUCACAUCCUGUGACCCCCUGAAGAUUUUUGUCUAUGAGGAAGGGCUGGCCCGGUUUGCCACCAUGAGGUACAUCGAGCCCAGCAGCAGCAACCUGGUAAAGAAGGGACGUUUCCAAGCAACUGGCGAUGAUAUCUGCAUGCACCUAACCAACUAUGCUAUCAACAAACAUAAUGAAAACUUCAUCCGAGACGACAUGAUGGGCAGUAAGAGGAAACUGUCUACCUUGAAUGCCUGGAUGAUGGACAACAGCUGCAACACAACAGAACUCUGGGAAGACAUUGAGGACAUCAUUAUAAAGACCCUUAUCUCAGCCCACCCUGUUCUGAAGCACAACUACCGCACCUGCUUCCCCAACCACAUCACUGGCUGUGCCUGCUUUGAGAUUCUGGGCUUUGACAUCCUGCUAGACAGAAAGCUGAAACCCUGGCUGCUGGAGGUGAAUCACUCGCCCAGUUUCACCACAGACUCGCGCUUGGACCGAGAGGUGAAGGACGCUUUGCUCUGUGACGCCAUCAAGCUGAUAAACCUGCAAGCCUGUGACAAGAGGAAGGUGCUGGAAGAGGACAAGCGACGGGUGAAGGAGCGACUCUUCCAGGCCCACCAGCCACCUCGUGAAGCCAGACGUGAGAAGUUAGAGAGCAGCCAGGCGGCCUGGCUGGCCCAAGCGGAGAAGUAUGAGAACACGCACCUGGGAGGGUACCGGCGCAUUUACCCCACGCGCGAGACAGACAAGUAUGAGCCAUUCUUCAAGCACAGUGGCUCCCUCUUCCAGGAGACGGUGGCUUCCAAGGCAAGAGAGGAGUGUGCCAGGCAGCAGCUGGAGGAAAUUCGCUUGAAGCAAGAGCAACGAGAGGCUACUACUGGGAAGAAGAAAAAGGAGCGAAAGGAGAACCUGCAGGGAAAGUCCGCUGGGGAGAAAUCCCGCAUCCGCAGCAAGGCCAAGGCUCCUCCCACUCGCCUCACCUACAACAGCGCCAGGACCUGCGACAGGAAGGUGCAGCAGAUGGUGUUUGACUCCAUGCGGCCCCAGGAGAUAGUGGAAGAUGAGGAAGUAGAGAGGCUCAAGGCUCUUCUGCAGCGCGAAAACCUCAUACGGGGUCUUGGCAUCGUGGAUCAGCUCUCUCGGCUGCUCCACACAACUGAGCCCAGGCCUGUGGAUGUCCACAGGCCCCACAUCAAUAUCUCCGAGAGCCAGCCGCGAUUCCUUCAGGACGUGUUUGGGAACCGGGAGACACAGAGUUUAAUGACCCUCGUCCCCCUCUCGCUCCUGGGAGGCACAGUCCGGGAGUUAGGACAGCAGAUCAUGCAGCAGCCUGCGGCCAGGGCCCGGAUGCUGGGCAACCAGGGCUUCAUUCCCACCCUCCUGGGUACCCUGUCAGGCAUGGGCCAGAGCAUCCCCUACCCUGCACAAUAUAAGUCACAUCAUGGCCUGCAGCCGCAGAAGAACAUGAGCUGGUUAGGAAACCACGCUCUGGGGACACCGAUGGUCAGCAAGCCCUGUGCUCUGGCAAAGAUACUGAAGGUGGGAGGCCGGAGAUUCUCCAGCGCCAGAAACAAGGUCGAAAGCCAUGCCCAUGCCCCCAGGCAGCCCCUCCACGUGGCCAGUGGUUACGCCGACUCUCUGAGCUACCUGGCUCAUGCUGGCAAGGCUCCAAAUCACACGUAUAGUGACUACACCUUCCCCUCGGUGACAGACUCCCUCAGCCGUGCUGCAGUCCAUGAGCUAGCCAUCAACUCUGCCUCUGCUCCCAUCGUCCAGCGCUCAGACACCUCACACCGUGCCAAUGCCAUGUCCAUUCUCAACUUCAACCACCACAGGAAAUGGACCUGAACCUUGGCCAAACAGUCUCUGGGGAAGAAAGGGACAACGGCCUUGGGAAUCCUGCAGCCACAGGUGAAGGCUGUGCCAAAAGACUUGCUUUCUUCUGCGUGGAAGGGAGAAAAACCUCCAAGGGGCCAGGCAGAGGGGGAGACAAGGGAGACAGUGACCCCAGGCCUGCUGUGGUGACCUGGCGGCUAGCGAUGAGGACGCCAGUGUCUGCUGCAGAUAAGGAGCCUUCUCAGUGAGGGCUGAGCACUUCAGACACUAUUUAGUGAGCGCUCUAGAGUCACAUCUCCACUGGACAGAGCUGUUUUCCAACAAUGCUGCGCAAGGGAUUUUGUUAAUAGUAUUUGGCACCAUCCU